AUGUUUGGUGUUGCGUCGAUGCUCUGUCGACUGGUCGCGGAUUUCAUGGCUGUCCUCGCCUACGUGAAAUUCGAGAGAGAGGGCUACUUGAGUAGCUACGCGUCGGAUCCGGUGCUUGCGUUGGGUGCGAUUGAAGUGUGGUAUUUCCUGGAGGACGGCUUGUCCAAGUAUAUUCUUCCGCAGCUGAAGAAGUUGAUCCUGGACGAAGCACUGGGGACAGGUGGGAUUUGUAAAAUGGUCGCUCGCAUUGUGCUCCUUCUCGCGAUGGACCAGUGUGUGAUGGGGGAUCGAAGCAAGUCACAUGGCCAAUUUGUGUCAGUGGAGUCGGAAUGCUCCCUGGAAACAUAG